ACUCUAAAAAAGUUCACAACCCCAGAACGAAUUACUUGUCAGCUGACUACCGACUUUCCCAUCGAAUAAUCAACGAGUGGAAUUCAUUACCUCAGCAUGUGGUUGGGGCUCCAUCCGUCGACUCCUUCAAAAGAAAGUUGGAUCAGCUGAGAGACCAUCAUUGCCAAGAUUAACACAGGCCAUCAAGCCUCCUGUCCUUUCCAAACUGAAGCUGAAACUGAAACUGAUGAAUUGGAUGAGUGAAGUUUCAUAUUGAGAAGCAAAAAUUUAAAUUUGCUGGUUAUCAUUGGGUGAUUUAUUUCCGUUGUCGACGCACCAAUAGGGUAACACUCAUCCGACCUACAGGUGCACACUCAUAUCCAUAGGCAUGAAAUAAUACUGUCAUAUGCCUGCUUAGAGUUUAUUUACCUGUCAAUGUUGUUGUUAAACAUAUCGAUAUAUUCUUCCAGUUUAAUCCCAUUUUAUCGUCCUGAUUAUUAAAGGCAGUUGUGUUACGUCAGAUUAUUACUCAUUCCAUUUGCUAACGGAUCUUUUCACUGACGUUCGCAAUUACCAUAAAUUUUGUUCUUUGGAAAUGUGCGCACUUAUCAAUUGUCAAAGGGCUUCUACUAAAAAAUCCAAAGCUAAAAUAUUUAAUUAUUUCUGCAAAGAGUUAUCGGGUGUACUUGAAUGUGAUCCUGAUACCGUUGGGAGGGCAGAUGUCACUUUUGUUGUUGGUCAGAAUAUUUAUCACGGAAACCAAAAACAAAUUUCCAUAUUGAGUGAGGAGCUGAAAAAAUGCUUUCAGUCAGAGGGUGGAGAGGUUGACUACACCUCUACACAUGGUUGCAUACUGAAAGUGACAAGAUCAAAGUCGUCGUCUUCACUCAAGGUGUUUAUUGAUGCAUCUGCGGACGUUUUCGAAGCGGUAUUAAAUUAUAUGCUUACUUUAAGGCUUACUGUGUCCGAAGAACUAAUACCACACGUUUACUUUUUGUCAAAAUGUCUACAGAUCAAAACGUUGGAGACAACGUGCAUCGAGUUUUUGAUUCACAAUUUAUCAAUCGACAGUGUUGGGGUUCUGUGUCACUUUAUUCAGUUCAGUGGGGUCUAUCAAAAUAGUAAUGAAUUUGCUACAAGUCCCAAAUCUUAUCCGCCAGAAAUGUGUUUAACAAAAACAUUACUUCACUACUUGUUAACAGAAGCAGAUGCCAUCGCUUGUUCUCAAACAGGAAUUCUUAGUGCUCGUUUGAUAGUAAACCUUACAGGCAAUUUUGAUUCAUCAGAUCAUCAAAAUGAAAUUCAAGAACCUUCCAAUGAAUAUUUAGCAUUCGGAGUUUUGCGAUGGGCAUUUGAAAAGUUAUUAACAGGCGAAAGAUUGGCAAGGGCGGGAAGUGAAGAUAAUGUUUGUUCGGACGAUGAAGAAAGUGACGGGAAUAGUAAUCCUGCCGUUGGAAACUCUAAUGGAUCACGUCGUAAGCGAGCGGGUAGUCAAUUUCAGUUUUUGGCUCAAAAAAAUUUAUUGAGUGGAAUUCGUUCAAAAUGUGGUACAUCAGUUCAGUAUAGUCAUGCUUCAGAUGAUAAUGAUGAUAGCGAUGAUUUAAAUGCAGAAAUUAAAACCGAGGAAUGUGGUUCAGUUUCAGACACUCUGGAUUCAUUACGUUAUUGUAGUACACAGGAUAUACGAAUUUCGGUCGAUAUAAAUGAUUUACCUUUGAGUAGAGAAGAAAAUGGAAUGAGUAGCAUAUCUCAGAUUGGGCAUAGUUUAUUAACUGUUUGUUUAACAACUGGUAAUCAAGAAUCAGAGACUUGUUUGUUGGCACCAACAUCUCUUGGAAUUCGAUCGACAUCAAUUUGGUUAGCCAAAUUAGCAGGUUAUUUGGUUAGCCUAUCGAUAAAACGUUAUCCCCCGACACAUAGAUCUAUCCAACAGUUGGAUCAAGAAUUAAUGAAUGAAGUCAAUCAGUCACGAAGUCGUCAUCAAAGUCGUGGUUCAUCUAUUUCGAAUACGUCCAGUGUACCAAAUGAUUUAAAUAGUAUAAUGGAAAAUGAAAUUAACACUACCAAAUGUUGUGCCGAAAGUAUCUGUUCAGAAUUCCCCAAGUGUACGGGAACCGCUGUGCCGAAAUCGGAUAAUGUUUAUGAAGUAACCCAUACAAUGACUGCCAGUUCUGCUUCAAAUUUAGCACGAGCUAUUGUUGGAUCGUCUUUACUUCGUCAGUCAUUCACUGAUCAAAUUUAUCAAAGUGAAAUUCUCUGCAUUAAUCAUAAUGAUGGUACGGGUCAAGAUUCCCCAUUACGUAUGUUAGAAGCUCGGUCAAGUUUUGGCAUUGGACAAUUGAGUUGUAAUUCAAAGCAUUACAUUGCAAUUAUUGGCGGUUAUAAUCGUAAAGGUUGUUUAGAUAGUGUGGAAUUAUUUGUUGAAAACAACCAUAAUCAACAGUAUGAAUCAUGUAACGAUGAAGAUUCUCCUGUAUCUCCUUCUAUUAUUGGUCCACGACUGACAAAACAAAGAGGUCGGUUAGCUGUAGUAUCUAGUUAUUUACAAUCUUCUUCUGAUUUUCCGGAUAUAAUCUAUGCUUGUGGUGGCUCAACAGGCUCUAAAGAUUUAGCUUCUGUAGAUAAAUUGACAUGUGAGGCACUGGGAUCUUGGCUCAUCAAUCAUGAAGUGGUAACCAAAAGCCAUCAUGAUAACCUUGACGAACACGUGUAUACAAAUGGCUCUCGGAAAAGUUCUGAUUUCCGUAUACGAACAGAUUCAAUAGCACAUAAUCAUGCAUCUUCAAAUGGUUCUGGUCUAUCAAGUGUUACAUUUUGGCAGACGAUAAGGAGUUUACAUGAAGCUCGAACUAAUCCAGUUGGUGUAGAUCUUAGUGGUCUUCAACAAGGACCGCUUAUCACAAGUACAAACGGAUCAAUCCUUGUUGCUGGCGGAGUAUCAGGCUCACAGUUUCUAUCUUCUGUUGAAGCCUACAUUCCAGAUAGAGAUGAAUGGGUUUAUAUGCCGUCCAUGUUACAGGGUCGUCGUGAAGCAUGUGCUAAUGUUUUGACGUCACGAAAUCUAAUAGUUGUUAUUGGUGGAGUUGUCAAUACAAACACUACAUAUACUACUAGUCAAAAUGUAACUGUUGAAGCAUUGGAUCCUCGUUGUGACACUUGGUUUUAUAUUCCUAAUACACCAGGCAAUUCUUUUGGACAAAUUCGUGGUGCCAGUUUAACAUAUUGUCCAAAUUCUAAAGAUAAUUUACUAUUAGUUGGUGGAUAUAAUGGUCAAAAUACCUUAGAUACUACAUGGAUAUUUGAUCCUGUCGCUUGGAAAUGGCGUUCAGGGCCAAAUUUAAUAUUUGCUCGUUCCAGUUGUUGUACAACAUUAACAUCAGAUCAACGUUAUAAUUUAGUAUUUGGUGGUUAUAAUCCAUUGAAAUUUAAUACUGGAUUUUCGGAUACAAUUGAAAUGAUUUUCUAAACAAAACAUAAAAGAUAAUUAUUUUUCUUACAUUUUAUUAUUCUGUAAGUCUUUUUUUAUGUUAUUCAUUCAUUUUUGUUGUUGUUUUCCUUACCCUCUUAAUCUCAUUGAAUGGCGAUACCGGUUCUGUUUGGUCUCAUUUAUAUUGUUUAUACCUCUCAUUUGUGUAUGUUUGUCUAUCUAAAUGUUUGUGUCACCUAUGUUCACAUGGUAUGUCACUCUUUUUUUUUAUGUUUUGAAAGUAAUUUCACAUGAGUUACACAUAUACACACUGUUUGUGUAUGUAUGGUAGCAUAUUUGUGUGUGUACACUUUCUUAUGUUAGACUCACUUUUGUGGAAUUGAGUUUUUUUUUCUAUCUUUUCUUCAAAUUUGCCUGUAGUAGCCUAUUUCAUCAUUCAUCUGCAUGUAUGAUCAUCAACAACAUUAGAUUAAAUAUUGUAGACUGUAAUUUGAUUUGUCAGUCGUUCAUAAGUAGUAUCGUAGAAACUAAUAUAUAUUUCAACCUACCAUUAUUUUUAUUAUUUAAACACAUAAAUAUU